AUGGAAGAUGCUUGCAACCCAACACGUCGUCGAAUCCAUCACCGAACCCGAAGAAAGCCGGAGCCCGACGCUGACUUCGCGUUCCGCCGGGCGGAGCGAGAUGGCGACACCGGAUGGCACGCCACUUUCAAUCACUUUUCGCCCAACUCCGUCCGCUGCCAAGAUUUCGACCUUUACCACACCAGUUCGUCCGCGCCGUCGGUCGUACACUAUCUUUCACACCAUCUAACACCAGCUUGCGUAUCAAAAGGUCUGGCUAGGCAGACUUGGACGGAAGGACCUUCAAGGUGGACCGGGGUUCGAUGGCGAGCCGCCGGCGCGGGCGACCUACCCACCAUUGCGACUCCGUUUGCGCCGGCUCUACUUGGCGGCCCUUGGCGGUUCUUGUCCUACGACUCAACGACGUUGGAUCAGCUCCGACGUGGGAUGACCGAAGCUGGGCCCAGGCAUUCUAGACCCCAGAAAAUCCCCAUUGACCCCAUAAUCCCACAUCGCCGUCAAUUGACCACUCACGGCCCCGAAGCCUGCAGCCCGCAACCCGAGGACACAGGAUCGCAGCUCGCACUACCAAACCACCCAUCACACACAGACCAGAACGAGGGGACGAGAGACAUUACAUCGCACACAUGGAGGGGUUGCGUCGACGAUCCAAGCGCAAUGCUGAUCCCUUCUGUCGGUUUUCCUCAUCUGUGCUGUCUGUCGCCCAUCACCCCGCGCUCGGCGCCCGUAUAUGCGCACGAGGCAUCCGAGAUCGAAUUAUCGCCCCCGGCGGCUAGUGUACUCCCCCUUCCUUAUCCGAACUGCUUCAAACCGACGUCCUCGCCAACGCCGAGCUCAAGUUUCCAAUUCUUGUCAUUCUUGUUCACCAAGUGCAACAUUGUGUGGUCUGACAAGGUCACAAUCUUCUCGGUGGAGUUGCCAAGCGCUUGGCUUCUCGCGACCGCGCAAGAUGGUGUGGACCGGGCCAAGUGA